AUUCUAAGAACUGUUUAACUACCUAUACUAAAACGCGACACAAACACGAGCGUUUACCGCGAAAAGAGAGGCGAUAAUCAAAAACGUAUCAUUGUACGCAUAUUUGGCAAAAUAAACAUACAUCAGCAUAAUGCGAAUGAUUAUCCGAUGAUGUAAUUCGCAAAUACGCUGACACUGAUUGUCCGAUGCUACAACAGUAUUAUGACCUCAUGCAGUAUCGUAAAGUUCGUCAAAUUCACUCGGGUCUGUCGUGCAAAUUAAUUAAGGACUGUGAAUUAUUCGCCGCAGAUCGCCAUGUACUCGCGAUUAUGCACAAUAUUGCUUUCGAUAUUGAUUCUGUCUGAGACACGUGCGAUUCAACCGUUCAAUGAGAACACUUUACCGCAUAAAGUUUCAAAAAAACUAGACGAUUACUGGCAAACCUACAAGACGCAGUUUAAUAAAACGUACACGGGAAAUCUGGAAAACACGAGGCGAACGGCUUGGGAACAAAACCUCGUGGAGAUUUAUAAACACAACCUGAUGGCCGCCGCGGGACAUCAUAGUUACACCUUACGGGAUAAUCAUAUUGCCGAUCUCAAUACUCGACAAUACAUGCGUGAUAUGGUAAAACUGAUACCGAGUCGAAGGCGCCGAUUGCCAACCGAACCGAUGGUAUCGGCGGUUCUGCACAACCCCCAUAGCAUACCAAAACGAUUAGAUUGGCGCGAAUACGGGUUCAUCACCGCGCCGGUGAACCAACGGGACUGCGGGAGUUGCUACGCUUACUCGAUCGCGGAGAGUAUACAGGGACAGAUUUUUAAGCAGACCGGCAUGCUGCUCUCCUUGAGCGCACAACAGUUGGUAGAUUGCAGCACGGCGACCGGGAACCGCGGCUGCGUCGGCGGUUCCCUCAGGAAUACCUUAAAAUAUCUGGAAAAGUCGAAGGGUCUCAUGGCCGGAUACCGGUAUCCGUACUACGCCGAGCAAGGUGAGUGCAGAUUUCAAAGGGAGUUGAGCGUCGUUAAUGUAACGUCAUGGGCAAUCUUGCCUGCACGAGAUGAGAAAGCUUUAGAAAUAGCAGUAGCUACCGUCGGUCCUAUAGCCGCCUCCAUAAACGCCAGUCCGAAGACAUUUCAGCUUUAUCAUAAAGGUGUUUACGACGACCACCUGUGCAAUUCGGACACGGUAAACCACGCGGUAUUAAUCAUCGGAUAUACGCCGACCGAAUGGAUCCUGAAGAACUGGUGGGGUGACAGUUGGGGUGAACAUGGUUACAUGCGAUUGGCGAAAAAUAAAAACCGCUGUGGCAUAGCGAACUAUGCGGCCUAUGUAAAAGUUUGAGAUUUUCUCAUUCCUCUUUAAUUUGGGUCCGCGAAAAGAUCUCUUUUUUACUUGCAAAUCUUUCGAAAAAUAUACAUUGCCUAUAUAUUUAUGUAUUAA